AUGGGACAAGAGGAAAGCCACACUGAGGAGAUUGAAUUAGAACAGAUUCAGGACCUGUGCAUGAUUUUCAUGAAGGAGUGUCCGAGCGGUUCCCUGCACUUACAUGAGUUCAAGAGGAUCUUGGGGAUCCCGAGCAGCUCUGCAGAGGAGUCGCUCUACAUCGAGACAAUAUUCCGCUCCUUUGACACAAAUCAGGAUAACGCACUUGAUUUCCUCGAGUAUGUAGCGGCGCUCCACUUGAUCUUACGAGGAAAUCUUGAAGACAGGCUCAAGUGGUCCUUUAAGAUGUACGACAAGGAUGGGAAUGGCAAGUUGGACAGGCAGGAGGUGAAACGCAUUAUCAGGAUCUUGUACAAAAUCAAGUUCCAGACGAGUGAUGUCGGUAUGACGCCGUCUGAAAUCUGCGACAGAAUCUUUGAGCUGGUUGAUCAGAAUGAUGACGGUCAGAUAACCUUGUCUGAAUUCAUGGAGGGAGCCCAGAAGGAUGAAUGGGUCAUGAACCUGCUGAAGCUGGACGUCAACGCCACCGGCUGGGUCAUCCAGAACUGCGGGAAACUACCAUGA